UUCUUACAACCUUUCAGGAGUUUGUUCUUGUGUUGAUGCGACUAAGGUUUGGCCUGUUUGAAAGAGAUUUGGCUCACAGAUUUGAAAUUUCCGAGUCAACAGUUUCUGUAAUAUUUAGAACAUGGAUUCGAUUUUUAUGCCUUGAACUUCAGGAACUUAUUAUCACUCCACCACGAGAUGUUCUUCAGGAACACAUGCCUAAACUUUUCAAGGAAUUUUAUCCCAAGACAGCAUUGAUUAUUGACUGCACUGAAAUACAAAUGGAGCGUCCAUCUGCAUUGGAUAAUCAGUCCUCCUGUUACUCUUCGUACAAAUCUAGAACAACCAUGAAAAGCUUAGUGGGAAUUACCCCAAGUGGUGUCAUUGGAUUUACCAGUGAAUUAUACCCUGGUAGUAUUACUGACAAAGAAAUUACAGUAAAGAGUGGUUUCCUAGCUUUGUUGGAGCAAGAUGAUGAAAUUAUGGCUGAUAAAGGCUUUCUCAUUCAAGAUGAGCUUGCUGCAGUUGGUGCAACCCUCAUAAUACCUGCCUUUUUAAAAGGAAAACAGCAGUUUUCUAAAGAAGAAGGAGAAAAAAACAAGAAAGUAGCAAGUUUGAGAGUUCACGUCGAAAGAUGUAUGGAGCGAAUAAAGAAUUGGCAUAUUUUAGAUAAACCUAUUCCAGUUUCCCUCGCAGAAAUAGCUUCAGACAUUUUUAUCGUUAUUGCAGCACUCACAAAUUUCCACCCUCCACUUAUUUCAUAAAAAAGAAAAAUUGUAAUAUUGAAUUGUUAUGCAUUUCGUUAUCUGAAGAAUAGUGAAAUGUAAACAAAGUAAACUUUUGCUCCUUUAAACAAAUUUUCUUUGUUUAUUUUGUUUGUGUCUUCAUAAAACAUGAAUAUAUGAUACCAAACCAUUAAUGUCAUGUUACAGGUUAUAUUUGAUUGCAGGUUAAACCUUUUUGUCUGUAGGCACUAAUAAAUAAUUAGGGCUAUGAGACAAAAGAGGUGAAAUAACUAAGGUUGGAAAAAGUUUAACAUGAAAUCAAGUUUAACCAGCUACAAACUGUAAAAAUACUUGCUUGAAUUCUUGAAAAGAAAACACUGACAUACUCCUCAGAAUGUUGGAAGCUGCAUUAAAAUUCUGGACUUACAUUUCAAUGGUCUUAGGGCAUGUAUGAUCCUGCCUUCAGAGCUCAUUCACUUCUUUUUACAGACCUUUUGCAGGUUCUUUAAAUGGGAAAAGACAUUUAUCAAAGACGUUUCUAUACAUUUACAACAUAUCUAAUCUGGGUAAACCAUAUUUAAUCCUUGGGUAUGCAAGUUCAGGUAGCAUGUGUUUUUCAAAGAAUUGGUUCAGUUUGAGAAGCACUGGGCCCCAGAAAGUUGGAUCAAAUUGUACUCUUUUGAUGAAGAGCUCAGUUGACAAUGACCCUUUCACCACAAAAUCAUUCCAAUAUCGACCUGCAACAUACAUUUGAUGCUGCACUUGGUAAAAGUACUGGUGACGGCGAUUUACAGUUAGUUCCUCAUUGUCAUACACACAAAUUCUCUUCCUUAGCAAUGCCUCCAUCAGUGUUUCGUCCUCUUUCAUUUGAAUAUACUUCAUUUCUAACAUUCCCUCGGUUGGUUCGUGUGAGGGGUCCUUUACCAAACCAUCUGGACUAGCUGCCAGAAAACCAUGUAAGGUACUUACAAUAAGUCCUGAUCUCUCUACUUUUAUUCUUUUGUGUCCCUUUUCAUUCAUAGUAUUUAAAAAUUCUUGUAUAAUUUCUGGUUCUUUAGAAAGACCCUCCUUCAUUUCCUUAGUUUGAGCAAACUGUUUGUACCCUAGAACCUCUUCUAUUGCUUUUGUUGGGGAUGUGGUAUCCUUAAAGGGGCUAUGUCAGCUGGAGAGCAUGCGCUCUGAGGUUAUACAAAUUACUUUCAACUGUCAAAAUUCUAUUGUUUUUAACGCGUGACUUUCUCCAUGUGCGCUCUGAGGUUAUGCAAAUUACUUUCAACUGUCAAAAUUCUAUUGUUUUUAACGCGUGACUUUCUUCAUGUUCUCUGUCACGUCCAAGGUUCCGAAUUUAGAGAGGUUAACAAGCGAAAUGGGUUUGGAUAAGGGAUAUUUCGAUAGAAUUUAUGGAACGUUUCUUCUCUGGUUAUGCUAAAUCAAGAAUAAAAUUGUGACGACAAUUUUACUUGUAGUUUUGAAGUAAAAACGCAUGCCAUUCAUAAAAUAGAGCGCAAACAAAAAUUCAACAACAACAUAUUGUCUUAUUCAACAAAAUAAAUGGAAGUUGUAUUUUACAAAUGAGCUACAAAAGACGCUAGACCGAAGAUAAAGACCAAGACUGUUUCAAAUCAUUAACAAUUAGACUUGUCUGUCGCUACUGACUUUAUAAUUUAGAUGCUGAUAGAACAAGAGACCAAGUCUUUGUUUUGAUCUUAGGGAAACAUACAUUAUCGCGCAAAAUUGUUCGAUCAUGCCAAAUCACUGCGACGUCGAGAGAAACAGAACCCAGCAUCAUUGGUAUACUACUCCACUAUAAGCAGUCCGUUGAUAAAAAGGGAAAGUAAAAUCUGCUAUUUUCCAAAAUUAUGCUCGAACACAAACAGUUCAAAAACAUGGCAUUUACAGGAUCUAACUCGUACUAAGGUGCCUCUCUAAGUCCGUUGAGAACAAUCUGGACGAGCAAACGGUCGUGUUUAUCUUUGCCGUGAAUCGAGAUAAAUACAAGAAGGAAUCUAGCCGAAUUUUAGAAUGUUUCCUUCGCCAGGAGUUUAGUUUCGUCACGAAACUCAUGGCCUGAUGCUCUUGUAAUCGUUUACAAAAAACGGCUGCCGCCAACUCGAUAGCCACUUCAUUAUAUGUCCACAUACCUUGAGCACAAGAAAAAUCCAAGAGCCAGCAGCCUCUAAAAUAACUCAAUAGAAAGGUCCUGUGAACUACAGGGAAGAUUCCAUCAAAGAUUCCAUCACUCAUUGUGAAGUAGCUGUCAUUAACUCUGCCAUUACAACGGCCGCUGAUAAGAGGACACAGUAAAUCCACGUAAAAACAUUCCACAGGCAAACAAUUUUAAAAUAACGCCAAAAAAUUGUUCUGUAAUCACCGUAGAACGAUUCUUAAUACAAAACUUCGCUAACUAUCGAACGAUGGCUGAGAUUUAGACAGAUAAAAACAGCCCUCCAAAAUCUCCGACACAACUUGAAAAAGUUGGGCCGUCUUUUUCAAGUUUGUUUUCAUUGGCUCGCGCAUGCGUGUUGGGUGACAUAGCCCCUUUAAGUACAGCACAUCUGUAACACUUUGAUGAUGUGAUUCUUUGGUUCCGACUGUCAUGCUAAAGAGGGUCUGCUGACUGGCCUCGAGUGUUUUUUUCUACCUCUGCUGCUUCUUCCUCAUUGAGAAAUAAUUUCCGCUUGACGUUUUGGCAUUCAUUUUGCAGCAUAUCCAUUGAAAAAGGAUGACUGUUUAAUUCAGGAACUUCCGUUUGACUUGAAGCUAAGCUUUCAGGGGCUGAUUCUUUGUGAACAGACUCACCAGUGCUUUCUCUAUCUUGAACUGUGCUAUCUACUCUACAAUAGCUAUGUUCUUUGCCAAUUAUUUCUUUUAAAUUGUUACUUGUCUUUAGAGGUAAAAUAUGACUAAGACCUAUAGUUUGCCCGUUUCCUCUUGAACACAGAGAACAGAAGUCAACACAUUAUAUCGUCUGGUGUUGGACCAUUCCCUUGAUGGGGGGGGCUCUCACGUCCUUAUCGCGCUUAACUUCAGAUUCUCGGUCUUUCUUUUCUUUCCCAUGUUCAUGCUUCUUAAAUUUCAUUUGGCUUAUGGGCAGUACCUCUCCUUUCCUUUUACGGGGAACAUUCCAAGUGCAAGGUUGGGACGUUCGAGAGGUCUGUUCUUGCUGCUGCUUUUCACGUUGCUUGCAGAAUUCCUCAAGUCCAAACAAGGUUGCCGCGAUAUGAUUACAUCGACCGUCAACACCUGCUGGGCAACCACAGUACGCGCUUUUUAUGUGGCCAUUUGGUAAGAGCAAGAUGAAACAGUUAUAGACGCUUGAUUUUUUCAUUGAGGGUAAAACUUGACUCUUUAAGUACCACUUAUUUUCUCGAGAACAGACGGUCACUUUUACUAAGUUACCGGACUUAAAAAAGUUAAAGCCUUUGACCAGUGGUUUAGCUGUGGAUAGCUGCUUUUUUGCAUUGGAGAACUCGAUCAUGUACUUCCAUACAGUGCCAAAAUUUACAAAAGGCAAAUCAGUAAGAUCUUCAUGGAAACCAUCCUUAGGGAAAAUAUCAGUAACAUGUGGAGGGUCUACUUCAUCCAUUACACCUAGUAAGACUUUCUUUCGUGCAAGAUGCACACCUCCAUCCGGAUCUCGUAAGUUUUUUAAAUGAAGGCCUGCCUUGACAUAGUCUUUAUAUCUAAAAUAAACAGUAAAGCAAACCAUGUCUUAGUAUAUAUUUACGCUGGACAGUUCAAAAUAACAAACCCUGAUAAAUGAUCAAUAAUAAACCAUCGUCUGAGCAGACCUCUUGACAAGAUCGGCUUUCUUGCCGCUUGUUUUUGCUCCUCUACACAACAGCCAUCGUCGAAGCUGUGGUACAGUACACUCUUCAACGUUUUCCCGAGGAAGCUUCGCUUCGGGAAUGUCUUCUUCACAUAGAACAACUUUUUUGGAACAGCUGGCUUUCUGUGCCGCCAUUUUGAAGUUUCGCGCGUCCACCCAAACGAUCCCAGAAGACCUUACGAGUCAAGUUCGUGCCCAGAUUCCCCAUAGUUUCUGGAGUGGGGAAUGCCGUUUGCGGUUAUGCAAUGGUUAAUUAUUGCUUAUCCCUUUAAAUGAAAGAGAAAGCUGUAUCUGUCAGUUACAUAUGUUUACCUUGAUGGAAUUAACGCCAUUUCAGCGUGAGUACGAUCACGAACAUGUCAAACUUUCAACCACAAAAUAAGGGGAAACGAAAAGGAGAAUAAAAACUCUAGAUUUUGAAGUUGUUACAUCGUAUACCUCCUGCUUCUCGAAGUGAAACUUUCACUCUUGUACUGUUUUUCGAUCGACUGACAUGACGCGGAGAUUAAAGAAACGUAGCUAGGGAAGAGUGAGCUUGUGUAACCACAUCUGUUAUGCAUUGAUGUCUUUACGGAGACUAGUAACCAGUAAUGGCGGUCAAUACUAUGCACGCCAGAAGUCGAGUUUUUGUCAGCUUAACAAGGGCCUAAUUCCUUUGGAUGCGCAUUCGUAAGGAUUUUGGAAGAAAGAAAACCGGGUAUAGAUGAAAAAACAAUAGUCAAACUUAUUUAUGUCUUCAAACAUGAUCUACUAGAUGACUAAGUAAUUAAUUCAGUUGGUUGAUCAAAUGGAACGGUCCAUUUCGGUUUGGUCUGACCGGAAUAUUCGUGACCAGCUUUGACUGUGGUUCGCUUUGACUGGUCUGGUCAUUUUGGCCGGUUGAACCGAAAUGUCCCUCUCGAUUUGACAAAAUUGUUGUCCCUAUUAUCGCUCUUUUGUAUCCUGCUUACAAGAACAAUAACAUGCUGUACUGGCUUGGGUUGGAUCUGUGCAACCGGAAUGUACUGUUCCAUUGGGCAUGUGUAAUUAACAAAAUUUAAAACUGGAAUUUUUUUUUUAAGGGAAUUAAGCACCCCAGGACUAGUCCCCUUUCCCACCUUGAACAUCAACAUACAUCCUGGGAUAAAUGCUGCAUGUAAUGAAAAUAUGGUAAACAAGAAUUGUCAAUUUUAACUGGGCAGCCAAUUUUCCUGGUGGAGGAGGUGGCUGCACACUUAGGCCAUCAGGCAUGUUGCUUACCAGUGUGUGACUUAGCAUCUCAUGUGAGAGUGUUAUUUGUGUUAUGUCGGUUCUGUAUGCUACCUUUUCAAAUUCCACCAUUAUGAAUAAAAGUAAGCAAAUGAGCCAUUCUAAGCAGGAAACAAUAAGCGUUACUAUCACGCACCCCUCCCCCAAUUGACCACUCCAGAAAUACCAUAACAUACCAUAAUGUUCUUUGUUUGUCACCCCAAAAUUUUGCAUAAGCAUUGUUUUCAGAUUCUCUUGGGGCCAUUUUAACUCCCAAGAGAAACUGAAGACAAUGCUUAUGCAAAACUUUGGGGCGACAAUCAAAAAGCAUUAUGGUAUGUUAUGGUAUUUUCUGGAGUGGCCAAUUCCUCUGCUCCCCAAAAUAUAGUGUGACAAAUUUGACCUAACCAGAAAUUCCAAAAUUAUUGUCGUGACGAGUCAAAAGGCUGUUGAUAACAAGCAGUACAUGUCUCGAUUCUGGUUCUUAAAACUAACAAAGCAAAUUAAAUUUAAGUUUUGUUUUGUCUGAUAUUGCAUUAUACAGCCUUUCUAACUGUCCUAGUGAAUAUAUAUAAUAUAUUUUUUGAGGUGGUGAUCUACAAUGAGGACAUUGACCCCAACACAUUCCUUUGUCCGUUUUAUCCCAGGGGAGGAACUCUCUUACAUUAACCUUAUAGAUAUUGCCCUAAAAUAGUGUAAAGAUUAGAUGAGGCAGGCGGUGCACCCCCACUGCGACUUCCCAGAAAUAUCUCUCCCCACUCCCCAAGGAAAAAAUGAAACCCAUUUCUUAAACUGGGCUUGCAACAGGCUGCCCAGUUAACAAGAAAAAUAUUAGCAUUGCAAUGCUACGUCUUCUAAAGUAAUUAACAAAUGCUGAGACUAGAUGAACAUGUGGUCGGUGCUUAACAUCUGCAGUGUCUUGAGUUGACAAAGUGCUAAUUGUCUGGAAAAAAUGUAGUAGACUGUUAAUGUAAUAUAAUAAUUAUUUUUAAGAGAGGGACCAUUAGAAAAGUUAUGAGGGGGGUGGGGUUGGCAAAGUGCAUACAGGAAAAGUUGUGCAAGAGAAAAAUUAAGAAAAAAAAAACAUACAUGUUAUGUGGAGUAAUAACCCAAAAAACAUAUUCAUGCACUGGCCAAAAAAAUAAUUCAUGCUACAUGUAGGUAUACACACGUAAAUGUUUAGGAAAAAAACUCAUGCCAAUCUCAUUGCCAGUGUUUUCUCUGUUGCUUUGAGGAAGAACCCUGGUUACAGCUGGUCAUGUGACUACCUGUGACAAUGGACUCCUCACCAGGGUAGGCUCGGGCUAAUGAAUUAACUCAAGGCAACUGAAUGAUGAGCUAAAACUUGAGGCAGUAAUAUGUUUUCAGUCAAACGCUAUUUCCUUUGGAAAGGUAAAUUUUGAAGAGUGAGGUUUGUUUAUUAUUGUUCUUUCAAAAAAAAUUUUGUGAGGAUCGCUCUGAAAAUAUUGAAUUUGACCCAUCAGGAGCCCUGCUUGAUUUUCAACUUGUUUUGUGCAGUGUAAAUAAGUAGGCACUCGCUUGACAACACACACAUAGUUUACUUCAUAGAGUAGUAUUUUAACGACCAGUAAUUACAAAUAGUACUCUUCAUUACGCUGUCAAGAAGUGCUUUGAUGGCAUACAUCACACAGAUGAAAAUAAUAUUUCCCACCUCCUCCAUGCAUGACUUUUCUAAUGGUCCAUCCCUAAUGCAAAGCUGCUCCAGAGUGCCAUGUAUCACUUCACAAUGUAUCUACAGGUGUAUAACUUAUGGUACUGUACCUUGUGUCACUUUACAAAAGUAUGCUCAUCUUGUACUGUGAGUACAUAUACAAGAUAUAAUUGUGAAUUGGAGAUCUGUACGGGCAUUUACUAAUGAUCCACUGCCCAUACAGAUCAGACAGGAGGGUGUUACGAAAACUAAGACCCUCGAAAACUAAGACCUAAGACCUAAGACCCGUCUUAGUUUUCGAGAUUACGAAAACUAAGACCCCCUAAAACGAAUCCGUCGAAAUAUGAAGUCAAAUUGUAAUGGAAAUAGGUCUAAUCUGUCAGAUUAUCUUCUGUCCGAUUCUUUCCACAGAGUUUUAGGUUGAAUUCAACGAUAAAUUUAGGGGUCUUAGUUUUCAUAAUUUCGAAAACAAAGACCCCUCUUAGUUUUCGUUAUUAUGAAAACUAAGACCCCCCAAAAAACCAAUCCGUAAAAUAAAUAUGACGUCGAAUUAUGACCGUUCAAAGACUAUAAUCAGUAAGAAAACAGAGGAUGAAAAGCCGUUACCUGUGUAUAAUUGUACACUGAAAGUAUGCCUACCCCGCCGAUUGGUCCUUAAUUUUAGUUGUUUAUCCUUAAAAAUCGUAAAAUUGGCUUUCCACUGGAGAUGGAUUUUUGCCUUCGAUGCCAGCUGACAUGUUGCUGCUGACGGUGUUACCUGAAUAUAUCAUAAUUGCUUCCGGUCGUCAAGUGGUCAAUACUCACACAAAAAUGCUAUUUUUUUUCCUUUUCUGGCCAGGCCAUAGCCAGAAAAAUGCUUACUUAAAAAAUCAAAGGGCAAACAAAAGAGUAUAUACUACAUUCCGUUUUUUUUAACAGUUUAUUUUUAUCGUUCCCACCCCGGAGAUCACCGGAAACAAGGUGAAAAGUUACAAUGUAAGGGGUAGUUGAGGGGUAGGUUGGGGGCAAGGAGAAAUUGUCUGUGAGGGACACCGGCUAAAAUCACUCAUUUAAUAAACAAUGAAUGAAUGAAUAAAUUUCCUAAACUAGCAAGGCAUCAUCUCGAAAAUUUUGCGUUUUAAUUUCAGAAAAAAUAUAAUAAACAAACAAUCAAAACAAAACACUCCUUCAGUGAUUUUUUAGGUAACGCAAUCACGGUCGCAGAGUCGGUCCCGCAGAGACGCAAAGGCAAAAAUCCAUCUCCAGCAUGUGGAAAGCCAAUUUUACAAUUUUUAAGGAUAGACAACCAACAUUAUAGACAAAUUGGCGGGGUAAGGCAUAUUUUCAGUGUGCAAUUAAGGCUUUUCUUCCUCUUUGUAAAGCCUCAAUACUGAUAUGUCUGCAAAUUUUAGAAGAAGCGGAUCGUCAUCCCUAGGGGGGUACUCGGGAUGAUCGAAGGAUUUUUUGGGUUUGAAAUUUUCGAUUCCGGGAUAUUUUUGGAUACGAAAAUUUGGCAAGUAUUUUUUUGGGUAGGUUGAUUUGAGUAGGGAUUUUUUGGGGGUAUUAAAAAGAAUCGGUAGUGCCCUGGCUGUGUAGUUCUGCAAAUAAAGUACCAACAAAAUAAUGUGUUUUGCUGUUGUUUAAUAGUUAACUAUGGUGUCGCUUUACAUCACACUCCUGGAACUUUUAAGGGCCACAAAAUUGGCAUGGGAUUUUUUGGGGGUUAAUUUUUGGUCCAGGGAUCUUUUUGGGUUUUGCUGGAAGCCCUAGAGAUUUUUUGGGGUCUUGACUUUUGGCUCCAUUCGAUCAUCCCCAUCACUUGAAAUCCAGAGUACCCCCCCCCCCCGGGUCAUCAGCACGCGGAUGAUAGUUUUUGGUUGUUUUACGGCCUAUAGUCUUUGAACGGUCGUAAUUCAGCUUCAUAUAUAUAUAUUAUGGAUCGGUUUUUAAGGGGACAUAGUUUUCGUAAUAACGAAAACUAAGAGGGGGGGGGGGUCUUUGUUUUUGAAAUAACGAAAACUAAGACCCCUAAAUCUACUGUCAAAUUUGACCAAAAAGUUGGUGGAAAGAGUCGCACAGAAGAUAAUUUGACAGAUUAGACCUAUUUCGAUUACAAUUUGACAUCAUAUUUCACCGGAUUCGAUUUUAGGGGGUCUUAGUUUUCGUAAUCUCGAAAACUAAGACGGGUCUUAGGUCUUAGGUCUUAGUUUUCGAGGGUCUUAGUUUUCGUAACAGCCUCGGACAGGAAUGUUUCAUUGAAAUAUAAGUUUCAAGGAGGGUUGUUCAUACAAUAAGGAUCCAAUACCAGCUAAGAAUUAAAGGUCCCCAAAACAAAGUGCAUUAAGACCCUUGGGCACAGGACCUUUGCAUGUGUUGGCCCGGCCUCAGUGUGGAAGACUCAUCCUUCAUCUAUCAGGAGUAUCCAGCAGGCGCUUUUGUUGGGCACCAAUUCGUGUACAGUGACUGCCGUGUUUUUAUUUUCAUUUUCUCUAAGUGUACUGUUUGUUAUGUGUUAGUGUUUGUCAGCUUUAAUUUAUUAGUGCUUUAAAUAUGUACAUUUAUAUAGAGUUUUAUGGCUAUGAUAUUAUUAUUAUUGUUAUCAUUAUCAUUAUUAUUAUUAUUACUAAUUAUCUUUUGGAUGCCUGUAUUUUGUGUUUUAAUAUUACAGUUUCUCAGAGAUUCCAACCCUGUCAACUUAAAAAGGGAGGUUUAAGGACCGGCACAGCUGCUCCCACGAGCGACGACGGCCAGGCCUAUAGCUCCCCAUGAAAAAUUUUAAGUUAUGUGCCUCUAAGACAUUUUGAGACCACAAAUAAAUGCAAACUUUGAACAAAGUCAAAGCAAUCCAUUGUAUUACUGCAUCCAAAAUUAUUGAAGGUUCACGUUCGGAUCCCAUAAGGGUAAAAAUGGCUGAGAAACCCCAGAAAAACAUCAAAGAAUCGUGCUUAAAUUAAGAGUGGUGAAACAAAGAAAGGAAGAGUUUUAAGAGCCGAGAGAAUUUUUAGCAAAAAUGGGAGGCCGGAAGUAAUAAUUAUUAUUUGCCAAAAAUGGGGGGUUUCCAGUCAAAAUGGGAGGGUUGGAAUCUCUGGUGUCUAUUACCAAGAACUGUAUAAGUCAAUUUCCAGUGGGAAAAUCCAGACUGUGCUAAUUUCAAAAGGUCAUGCCAAUAAAAUAUCAAAAGUUGUCAUUCUACACAAAAAAAGUGUUGAAUAGCAGAAGAUAACAUUUCACCACUAUUGAAGUAAUACAUUACUUACGUUUUCUGUUCCUCUUGUAGAAUCAGCAUUAAAGGAUUUUUAGGAUUCCUGUGAUGUCCAGGCCAAUGGAGGUAAGUCAGAAAAUUGAUCAUCUGUUAGUUGUUGAUAGUGUUUGUCUUGUGAAGACAUAUUUUUUGGUACAGUGUAUCUUCAAUCUCAAGUUGUAAGAUUUGAGGUUGAGAAAUUUUUCUUAAUGUUGGAGGAGAGAUGGUGAUCAUGUCAGACUAUGGUUAUGGGGGUGGGGUUGGAUUUAAGCCCUCACUGUUCCAUCACUUGUUUUUCUUUGACCAGAAACUUUUUUUUUUACAAUGUACAUUGCCCCCCCACCCCUAGACACUUUCACACACUGUAGGUCUUAAAAUUUUUGUUAAGUGCUUACAUACCAGUGGGCAAUGCUGUGAUGGACUAGCAUUCCAUCCAUGGAGGGGCGGUAGGGUGGUGGGUGGAGUUGUAAUAUUCACUUCAUAGUGCUUCCAACCAAGAUAAGCUCUCACUGUGCAGGCCCUCUGACUUUUCUAAAAUACCUCUCCCAUCCAUUGGGGGGUGGGUUGAAAUGUAAUAUUCACCCCAUGGUGCUUUCAACCAAGAUGAGCUCUCACUGUGCAGGCCCUCAGGCUUGUUUUAAGUACCUCUACCAUCCAUUCGGGGAUGGGGUGGAGUUGUAAUAUUCACUCUGUGGUGCUUUCAACCAAGAUAAACUCUCACUGUGCAGGCCUUCUGGCUUGUUUUGAGUACCUCUAACAUCCAUGGGGUGGGGGGUGAAGUUGCCAUAUUCACUCCAUGUGUGCUCCAUGGUGCUUCCAACCAAGAUAAGCUCUCACUGUGCAGGCCCUCUGGCUUGUUUUAAAUACCUUUACCAUCCAUGGGGGGAUGGGGUGGAGUUGUAAUAUUCACUCUGUGGUGCUUUCAACCAAGAUAAACUCUCACUGUGCAGGCCCUCUGGCUUGUUUUGAGUACCUCUACCAUCCAUGGGGGGAUGAGGUGGAGUUGUAACAUUCACUCCAUGUGUGCUCCAUGGUGCUUCCAACCAAGAUAAGCUCUCACUGUGCAGGCCCUCUGGCUUGUUUUAAAUACCUUUACCAUCCAUGGGGGGAUGGGGUGGAGUUGAUAUAUUCACUCUGUGGUGCUUUCAACCAAGAUAAACUCUCACUGUGCAGGCCCUCUGGCUUGUUUUGAGUACCUCUACCAUCCAUGGGGGGAUGAGGUGGAGUUGUAACAUUCACUCCAUGUGUGCUCCAUAGUGCUUCCAACCAAGAUAAGCUCUCACUGUGCAGGCCCUCUGGCUUGUUUUAAAUACCUUUACCAUCCAUGGGUGGAGGGGGUGGAGUUGUAAUAUUCACUCUUUGAUGCUCCAUGGUGCUUCCAAUCAAGAUAAGGUCUCACUGUGCAGGCCCUCUUGCUUGUUUUAAAUACCUUUACCAUCCAUGGAGGGGGGAGGUUGAGUUGUGAUAUUCACUCUUUGGUGCUCCAUGGUGCUUCCAACCAAGAUAAGCUCUCACUGUGCAGGCCCUCUGGCUUGUUUUAAGUACUUCUACCAUCCAUGGGGGGACGGGGUGGAGUUGUAACAUUCACCCCAUUUGUGCUCCAUGGUGCUUCCAACCAAGAUAAGCUCUCACUGUGCAGGCCCUCUGGCUUGUUUUAAGUACCUCUCCCAUCCAUGAGGGGAGGGGGUGGAGUUGUAGUAUUCACUCGAUGGUGCUUCCAACCAGGAUAAGCUCUCGCUGUGCAGUCCCUCUUGCUUGUUUUAAAUACCUCUCCCAUCCAUGGGGGGAGGGGGCGGAGUUGUAAAAUUCACUCCAUUGGGCUUUAUGGUGCUUCCAACCAAGAUAAGCUCUCACUGUGCAGGCCCUCUGGCUUGUUUUAAGGGCCUCUUCCAUUCAUGGGGGGAGGGAGUGGAGUUGUAAUAUUCACCCCUUGGUGCUUCAUGCUUUCCCUAUCAAGAUACUGUAAUCUCUUGCUAUGCAGACCCUCUGGCUUGUUUUAAGUACAGUGUACCUCUUUUGGAAUGUUGAGUUAGUGAACCACUAAGCUUGCUGAUCCCUCCAGUCUCAAGAAAUUAAAUGGAUAAUUAAUCUGUCAAUGAUCCUCACCUCUCAGUGUGGUACUCAGUCUAAAUAAUUGCAACAGAGUAAGUACAGUUUCUUAUCUCAGCCAAAUUUACCCAAAAGACAAUGCUUGAGUCUCCUAACUUACAGUUUGUUUGAACUUAGUAAUGCAUCUUUUAAGGAAAUCCAUAAGUAAAUUAAUGUUGCUCUUCUUUUAGGAUUUGUCAUCCUUUCCUAGCACAGCCUCUACAUCACAGGAAGACCAUGAAAGCAAUUCAGAAUCCACUUCCUCCAGGAAAUUGAGAGUUACUCUGUUAAGCAGUGAGUGGAGAUCAACAAAAGGAGGCUUGUCAACCAUCAACCGAGAGCUGGCCAUUCAGUUGGCAAAACACCCCAUCGUGGAGGUCAGCGUUUAUCUUCCACAGUGUAGUGAAGAGGAUAAACAACUUGCUAGAGAUCACAAUGUCCGCCUUAUUAAAGCAAGAGAAAUGCCAGGUUUAGAACCAAAUUUCUGGUUGUCUUGUUUGCCAGAAGGCCAUGCCGUGGACUGUGUGAUAGGGCAUGGGGCUGUUCUUGGUCGGCAAGUGCAGAUUAUAAAACGGCAUCAUCACUGUAAGUGGAUUCAGGUCGUUCAUACCUCCCCAGAAGAACUUGGGAUGUACAAAGAAUAUGAAGAACACAUUUUUAGGGGUGAGGAGAAACACCAGGUUGAGGUUGAACUUUGUAAAUUAGCUGAUCAAGUUGUAGCUGUUGGACCCAAGCUGGCUGAUGCUUUUUCAGGUUAUCUCCGUCCUUGUGGAAAAGAUAAAGAUGUUCUCAAUCUUACCCCAGGCAUUUUCUCUGAGUUUGUUGAUGUCAAUCAAUCUAACGAGGAAAGAAACUCAUUCAAUGUUUUGGUCUUUGGACGUGGUGACAGUGAAGAUUUCCAGAUAAAAGGAUAUGACAUCGCUGCCCAAGCCAUUGCUGAGUUGAAAGACACGACCUAUAAACUUGUGUUUGUUGGAGCAACACGGGGAGAAGAAGAUAACGUAGCAAAAACGUUAGUCCAGCAAGGCAUUGCACCUAGUCAACUGAGGGUGCGUCGCUUUAAUGAAAGUAGGAGGAAACUAGCUGACUUGUUUUGUGAAGUAGAUCUUGCUAUAAUGCCAUCACGAACUGAGGGAUUUGGUCUUGCUGCGCUUGAGGCUUUAUCUGCUGGACUGCCCGUGUUGGUCAGUGGGAACUCUGGUCUUGCGGAAGCUUUAAAGAAAGUUCCUCAUGGUGCAAGCUGUGUGGUAACGUCAGACGAUCCAAAAGACUGGGCUAGUGCAAUAAGAGCCGUCCGUCACAAAGACAGGGAGAUGCGACUGGGGGAGUUUGAUUUUGUACGUGGUGCAUAUGCAAAAAAGUACAGCUGGAAGGAACAGUGUGAUAAACUUGUUGAAAGGAUGAAAGUGAUCUCUUCAGAAGGUCAGUUAAAAUAAGUACUGUUGUAGUGCGUCUUCUGUUGCAUAUAUAUUAGACUUAAAAUGAAAUGUACGCUAGCCCGCAAAUAAAGCCAGAUCUUCCAUCACUCCCUGCCACCGGCAAUGUUUGCGGAAGAGAAUGCUGUCUGAGAGGCGGCUGUAUUCGCUGGCCAAAUGUACAUGUAUACAUAAUACUUAUGAUUUAAAUUGCAUUUACAAAGUAAAAACAUGCCGUACACUCAUUAAACUUGAAAGCCUUCUUAAUACAUGCUCAUUUAGAAGCAGACCUUAUCACAAACAACUGCGCCUACGUUUUUGGCACAAAAAGCUGUGUUAUUAGAACGAUAACUAAACGAGAAUAUUUCGAUAGAGUUCGGCUGGAAGUAAAACGCUGUCUGAAACAUUGAUCACAAGUUAAGGUGCACUGUACACGUGCAUUCCCCAGGUGAAAACAAAAACAGGUAAGGUGGCAAAUCUCUGACUGGCAAAAAUAAUUUGAUCAACACGAAACUGAUUUCAUUUCAGACUCAUCAAAGAGACUUCAAUCUUUGGACAAAGGUAAAAGGCCAUUAUCCCCAAGUGAAACGCCAGCUUCAAAACAACCGAGACUAUUCAGAUAUGCAGGUAAACCAUAGGUUAUAUUGUGUUGCUGUAAUACCUCAUUCAUUAGAGCAUUCAGUCUAUACAUGUAGUGUAGUGCUGUCUUGAUUUAUAUCAUUUCGUUUGGGUAUGAGAGGGCUUGUUCAAGUGUCAUACAUAAAAUCAGGCUUCGUUAUUCAGUUUGUGGGGCUUUUUAUUACUAUAAUUCUUUGCUAUGUACGGCAGCAUAGCGGAACAGUGUACCAUGGAUAUUAAUGACAUUUGGGAGCUUUUAUUGCCUACAGAAAGUUUCUAAACGAAAGUUGCUCGAGGGGCCUUAGCUAACUGUAAACCCGCCAAGAGCUACAACUAAAUAAAAACCAAACAGAACAAACGGAUAAAUUUGACCAGACUUUUCGUUCACCCGAAACCAUUCAAUAUUUUCGCCCUGUUCACACAGAACUGACGAACCAGGUUGAAUGUUAACUUUUGUCAGGGGUUUUACCAUCUGCUCAUGCGCAGAGAACUCCUAUAGCAAACCCUUCACCGGUUCUUCACCGGCGAAAAAUGUCUGAUUGGUCGAUGCGCGACCACGUGACAUUGCCAAAUUCAAAAUGGCGGCAAUACCUCCAUCGUUUGUUUAUUCCAGUGAAAAGAAGAUUAAUUGCGGCUUAAUAUGAGUUGCAAAUGCAUACACACAGAUUUGUUUAGCAUAGCCUAGACUUUUUAUUAUUCUUUUCACCUAUUCCUAUGGGAUUCGUUCCCUGCGAUGCUCGCGUUUUGACCGUUUUACCAGAUUCAACUUUGGACUUGUUUAAGCGAUCACUCUUCACGAUCACGAAGGACAACAAUAUUUCUGAAAAAAGCCUGGUCACUAGAAAAAACGGCCUUUGUUCACAGCUCAGUGCACCGGAGAAAUAAGACACUAUGGGUCCUUUGAAAUUUCUCAGAGACCUGGAAGUUACUUCAUUAUUUUUUGCAGAAAAGAUAAACCAAAAUUAUGUUUUCUACAGCCAGUCUUUCUAAUUUAUAAAAAAAAGCUUGAAUAUGAGCUAAAUGAACUUUAGUGUCUGCAUUCAUGUUCUUUUCAUUUUGAACAGGUGCAAUUUUAAUAUCAAAACUUUAAAGCCGUCUAUGACCGAGCAGGUUUUUUUUUUCUUUUUUCCUUUUAAUGGUUACUGUGCUUGAUCUGAAUAAGAUAAUGAAAUUUUUAAAAUUAGGGGAAUACUAUACAUAAAAGAAAAGAACUUUGAUUGCAAAUAUGUUAGUUGGAAAAAAUACUGAUUAUAUCUUUUUAGUAUAUAGGUUAGAAAAGUGAUACGUAGUAAAAAGUGCUACAAAGGAGUAAACACCCAGAUCUUUCCAUUAAUAAAUUUUAUUGAUAUUGUCAGGGACAUAUGCUUUCCUAGAGUACACAUUUGUUCGUCAAAAAUCUUGUUGUGAGGCUGCACUUUGUUUGAUUCAGGAUCAAUCAAUCGUUUCUGAAGAGAAAUAAAGAAAUUAAGCAUGUUAACAUGUCAGAUACUUUAACAAUACCUUAGCCAACAACUAAGAAGAAACUGAACUUCAUAUAAAAAAAAAAAAAACACUGAAAACUACUUCACCAUGAAACAACAACCCCUUCAAAUAUAUAUCACAUUAAAUUCAUGCAAAAUGUAGACCUGAUGAUAAGUUUAUAGGAAUAGAAACAAACUAUAAUUACAAUGAAACUAUGAAGUUUGAAUGAGAUCUGUAUUUGAGCGUUCUCUCAUAAUUCUGACAGAUUAUCAAAAUUGGAAACUGUGUAUCCUACACAACUGUAUUCAUCAACAUGAUCCAACUAACAUUUCAUUAAGACUCAAAGUUUACUCCAAAAUUUAAACUCCUGUAAGUUUAAUUGGUGAUGAUUAUUUUUUUUCUUGGAAAGAACUUUUGAAUAAUUAAUAGCAUGUUAACUCUAUCAUUCACCCAUAACUUUGCUCCAGAAAAAUAAGCCAAAAACGAUGGACAGAAAAACAAAAGCAUUCACAGGAAAAUUACCCUGUUCAUCUCCUUCCAGAAUCCAGUUUUCAAGCAAAGAAGCACCCCACACAGAAAGUGUUGUGUGCAAAAAUUUAGUACGAAAAAAUUGUACACAGGGGAAAAAAUGUUCGUAAGUGCGUUUCCUAACGAGGAAAGUUACAAGUAACUCGUUGUGUGGAUAAUCCCAAGCCAAAUUUAUGAGCAAAAUAAUCCAAACUUUGAUCCUUCAGUAAAAUUGCAAGCCUAAAUGUACAGCAGCUGUGCACAUUGUACACAGAAUUUUUUUUACAAAUCAAAAUGUUGCUGGACCUAUCGAAAAGUAGCUCCAAGACGGUCGAAGCGUUUUAAUGAAAACACUCUCACAUUUUCUCAUUCGAUAGUUCGGUUAAAACUCAGAUUUCUGUAACAUACAAAGCUGUAAUAAUGUGCAUCGAUCGACAACAUCACGUUUCGAACUACGCACUUUAGAAAACUGCCGCAACCCGGCCACUUUCGAUCCACUAGCCACAAGACAAUGGCUAAGGAUAUUUCUUUACCUUCUUUAUAAUUUCCUUUUGUACCGAGUAACCCGAGAUUAAGUUGAACCAAGCGUAAGCUUAUUUUUCUGCCAUAAACGGUGUAAACACACGGAGAUUUAGCAUCCAAAUAUAGUUUUUCCAGCGACAAAGUACAAGCUAAGUCAUAUUAACAAAAUAAAGCCCAAGAAUGUCUGUCUCUCUACUUUUUUUGGGUUGAAUCCGUGAUAAGAAACCUGAACUAAACAACAAAAUCAUUUUGGAUAGCGUUGUAAUACGCUCUUCGAUCAACAGUCGAAUGUUGUCGAAUGUUAGAUUCACAAAGUCGAAUUUUGACACAAAAACGGGAUACACAUUUAAGAAAACUGUCGCUUCCGUGCAACUUGGUACAAGCUAAUUUAUAUACCAAAACAAAGCCCAAUAAUUUUUCUUCCACUACUUUAUAAUUUCUUUUUGUACCGAGUUGCACGGAACAUGCAGUAAACAAAGAGAGUAAAAAUUACCCACCUUUUCAGGCAUGUCUUCCACACGCAAACCAGCGAUCUCAACGUCAACAACACCGAAUCAGACCAUGCCACUGCAAUUUUUCGCCAGUUCCAUGACGCUAUAUUCUCUAGAGAACACACUUCCGUCAAAACUUCGACCAAAAUAAUUUUUGAUCUCUUACAGUAGCCUGCGUGGCCGGCGUUGAAAGGGGAAGGGGAAGGGGGAAUUUGGGCGCGCCCAAAUUCCCCCUUCCCCUUCCCCUGUCAACGCCAGCCACGCAGGCUACUCUCACAGUGGCAAGAAGUUGCAACGCUGUCACUGCCAAAAAAAGCUGCCAUCGCUUCUUUCAUCUCAACAACAUUUCGCGGACAUUGACAUUGCCCGAAAUAGAUCACGUGUCAUUUUUAGUAGAGCAUGCGCAGACAUUUUUCGCCGGUGAAUUGCAAACCCAAACCCGUUACACUGUCACCCAAAUGAGUAACCACGCAUCCAUGCAACAGCGCCUUUACCAUAAAAAAAACUUAGACGGAAAUGGUCUUCACACAGCGCAGGUCAAAUUUUCGACAGUGCCGGCUAAAAAUUUGACCUCGAUUUUGACGUGGAAGGUUUUGAACGGCUAGCCGUCUAAAUUUUCGUACGGUUAAGGUGCUGAUGUGUGGUACUGUUUGACGUGGAAGGUUUUGAACGGCUAGCCGUCUAAAUUUUCAUACAGUUAAGGUGCUGGUGUGUGGUACUGUUUGAUAUGGAAGGUUUUGAACGGCUAGCCGUCUAAAUUUUCAUACGGUUAAGGUGCUGAUGUGUGGUGCUGUUUGACGUGGAAGGUUUUGAACGGCUAGCCGUCUAAAUUUUCGUACGGUUAAGGUGCUGAUGUGUGGUACUGUUUGACGUGGAAGGUUUUGAACGGCUAGCCGUCUAAAUUUUCGUACGGUUAAGGUGCUGAUGUGUUAUACUGUUUGACGUGGAAGGUUUUGAACGGCUAGCCGUCUAAAUUUUCAUACAGUUAAGGUGCUGAUGUGUGGUACUGUUUGAUAUGGAAGGUUUUGAACGGCUAGCCGUCUAAAUUUUCAUACAGUUAAGGUGCUGAUGUGUGGUACUGUUUGACGUGGAAGGUUUUGAACGGCUAGCCGUCUAAAUUUUCGUACGGUUAAGGUGCUGAUGUGUGAUACUGUUUGACGUGGAAGGUUUUGAACGGCUAGCCGUCUAAAUUUUCGUACGGUUAAGGUGCUGAUGUGUGGUACUGUUUGACGUGGAAGGUUUUGAACGGCCAGCCGUCUAAAUUUUCAUACGGUUAAGGUGCUGAUGUGUGGUACUGUUUGACGUGGAAGGUUUUGAACGGCCAGCCGUCUAAAUUUUCAUACGGUUAAGGUGCUGAUGUGUGGUACUGUUUGACGUGGAAGGUUUUGAACGGCCAGCCGUCUAAAUUUUCAUACGGUUAAGGUGCUGAUGUGUUAUACUGUUUGACGUGGAAGGUUUUGAACGGCUAGCCGUCUAAAUUUUCGUACGGUUAAGGUGCUGAUGUGUGGUACUGUUUGACGUGGAAGGUUUUGAACGGCCAGCCGUCUAAAUUUUCAUACGGUUAAGGUGCUGAUGUGUUAUACUGUUUGACGUGGAAGGUUUUGAACGGCUAGCCGUCUAAAUUUUCGUACGGUUAAGGUGCUGAUGUGUGGUACUGUUUGACGUGGAAGGUUUUGAACGGCUAGCCGUCUAAAUUUUCAUACGGUUAAGGUGCUGAUGUGUGGUACUGUUUGUCUCAGAACAAUAUCCUGGAUUUUCUUCGUUGUAAACUUUAAUAAACUACAGUAAGCAUCUACAAUAAGCUGAACUGUCCAGCCGGCCUUGGGAGGUUUAUAAACUUUGUUUAUGUUCAAUUCAAGAGUUCACGCCAACGGAUCCUUUGCCUUUUUUUUUUUCUUUAGGUUGCAGUGGGGAUGAGCAGGAUUUAUCUGUAAAAGCCACUGCGGUUUGUUCAGUUUACGAGAAAGCUAUACUUGUCAAUAAACCUCUUCAUAAAGGUACGCUUGAAUCUUAGAAACAUCAGCAAUAUACUCGCGAGAACAAAACUUUUUUAAAGGUAUGCUUUUAUGAAACAAUUGUUUCCAACGUAUCCUUCGUUCACUCGGACGAUCGUGCUCAACCUACUUAUUGUGAUGUACCGUAAUUUGUGCAAUCAACUCCUGGAAAUGUUGUUUUAUUUUAUGCUUCCUUCUUCUUCCAGUCUUUCCAGUGUCUUAUCAUGUUUAUCGUUAUCUAGAUAACAUAACAUGUAUUAUGAUCUCUUGUCUUGAUUUACCAAUGAAGUACCAAAUCCAUUUGAAGUACAGUGAAUGUCAGGAGAAUAUUAACAGAUUGUUCGGUUUUUUGCUCCUGACAGAUACAAAAAACUUAGGUGUUCUGAAAAUGCUCAGAGCUGAAUAUGAGAGACGGGCAAAGUUGAAGCCACUUUCUUGGUUAAACACUAUGCAAUUACCGCUUAAAAACGUCUACACGAGACUGAAGAUUAUCUCAAGAAGAAAAGCAGACUUCCAGGUUGAAAAUGAAGAGUUGGGCAUGUACGACAUCUUCCAGGCCCUUGGCGAAAGCGAGGAUGUCAAAAUGACAUUAGCAGAGGGAAGUCCAGGAACCGGUAAAACUACGUUUUGCCUCAAACUUGCUUAUGACUGGGCACGUGGAGAAAUGCCAACUAAUUGUUCCUUUCCUAAAUUCGAAUUUGUACUGCUCCUUAAAUGUCGAGACAUAAACGGAGAUCUAAUGGAAGCUAUCAAAGAGCAGCUUUUGCCUGAAGAUAUCAAGGAGGAGACCUGGACAAAGCUGUCUGACUUCAUCACGGAUAUUGAUAACCAGGAGAGAAUUUUAAUUAUUCUCGAUGGUCUGGAUGAGCUUCAGAAAAGUCACGACCAUGUGUUUAUAAACUUCUCAACAGAAGAAUUUUACCAUUUUGUUUUGUCCUGGCUACAUCCCGGCAGGAAACAGGAAUUGAAGUACGUAAAAACUGCGAAUUUGAUCUUCUUCUGGAGAACAAAGGAUUUACAGACGAAGAUGCCUUUCAGUACGUCAGGAAGCAUUUUGAAAACAUCGGUCCGGAGCAUACAUCGAAAGGAGAAAGUCUGA